GCGUUUAAAACUCAUCCUCACCAUGACGCCUCCUGUAGCAAUCGUAACUGGCGGCGCUUCUGGCAUCGGCCUGGCCCUGGUUCAGCAUCUCGUCUCUCUAGGAUGGAAGGUUGUCAUCGCUGACAUUAAUCCACCAAAGGUGUCGAUCCAACAAACUACAUUUAUCCAAACUGAUAUAACCUCCUGGGAUCAACAAGCAAAGAUGUUCGAAGUGGCUUAUGCCUGGGGCAAACGAUUAGAUUUUUGCGCCCUCAAUGCAGGUGUGGAUGAUAGAGACGAUAUAUUCGAUUCUCUCUCCUUCGACAUAAAUAAGCCACCUCGAAAACCAAACACCCUAACUUUCUCCGUCAAUCUCACCGGAACGUAUUACGGUAUGAAGCUCGCCGCACAUUAUAUGACGGUAUCUAGCGAAAAAGGUGGCAAAACUAGGCCAGGAGGCAAGAUAGUCCUUACAUCUUCAGGAGGGGGGAUUUUCCCAAUUCCAGCGCUCCCUCAGUACUCGGCCACCAAACACGCUCUUAUUGGCCUCGUUCGUGCGUUGGCGGCAGCUGGAUCGGCUUCUAAGACAAAUAUUCGUGUCAAUGCGGUCUGCCCAGCCAUAGUUGACACAGGUUCUCUGCCUCCUGGGUUGGUGGAAAAACUCCCUUCAGAGCAGAUCACGCCCAUGAGUACAAUUAUACGAUGUUUUGACGCCGUGGCAGAUUUGGCCAAUUUUAAUAACGAAGAUUGGGUCGAGCAGGGGCGAACGGGUGAGACGGUGGAAGGGAACGUGGAGGAAUUGAUAUGGCACCACAUACCCGAACGACCAAAAGGGGAAGGCGGUAAGUUUGAUAGGAAAAAAGGAUUUCUAGUCGUAGCAGAGGCAUUUCAACAGAAGAAACGCCAAUUUAUGGCUGCACAAGAAGAGGAAGACAGAAGUGUAUCUUAA